CUAGAUCGUUGCCAGUCUCCUCCUCUGUUGAACGGCGAAACCCUAGAAAAACCCUCGCGACUUAAGUAAGUUAAAUCUUAUACUCUUCCUGCUCACAACAAUACGUGAAGUAAAGCAAAUGGUAGAGAGCUACGUGGUCGUGCAUAACAUAGCGAAGCGGCACAACGUGGGGACAUUAGCUCGAAGCGCGACGGCCUUCGGCGUAUCGGAAAUGAUUCUUGUUGGACGCAGAGAUUUCAACGCCUUCGGAAGCCACGGAUCCACGUCUCACGUUAACAUCAGACACUUUCACUCUCUAACAGACGCUCGCCAAUUCCUCAAGUCCAAAGAUUGCGAUAUUUGUGGAGUCGAAAUCACUCACGACGCCGUCGCUGUCAAUCAACACCCUUUUAAAAGAAGCACUGCAUUUCUUCUUGGAAAUGAGGGCACAGGCCUUUCUGCUAAAGAGUGUGAGAUAUGUGAUUUUUUUGUCUACAUUCCCCAAUAUGGCAGUGGCACAGCCUCGUUGAAUGUUACUGUUGCUGCUUCUAUUGUUUUGCAUCAUUUUGGAGUUUGGGCAGGCUUCUCUGAGAGAACCCGUGAUGGAAACAAAUUUGUUGUAGCUGAAAGACCCGUAAAACAGAUGAAACGAAAUUACUGCACAGAGACCACAGAUUCCAUAAUCGAGGAGCGAAAAUCUCGAAAGGAAAAUGCUUCUAAUGGGUUCUUUGAUGAGAGUGGAACUGAAGCUUUGUCUUCUAAUCUUCUGGCUGCAGUGUUUGGUCAUGACGAGUGACCGAGCUUGCUACAAAAUUUUUGUUAUUAGUAUUGGGCUCAUUACAGGGCAGCAGUCUAUAUUUUCUCAACUAUUCUAAAGAGGGCAGCUAGCAGCUUUGAUAGCAUCAGCAAGACAGUGGCUGCUAAAAGUCUUAGCUAGAGAAGGUGCUGCAAGUUUAGCCUGUGAGUGUGUCUUGAAUCUGCCAUGAGGAACUGGUAAUAUUCAAUGCACUUGCGUUGAUUUUGCUUGGAUUAGCAUUUCAUGGAAGUUGUAAUUGGAAUGAUCAUUUAUUCUUAUUUAUUUGAUAAUGAUAUGAAAGUCGAUUGCAUUUUUUUUUUCAUUUUUAACAAUUUACUACUCAUGUAGAUUUCAACUUGAAGGUACUGAGUAACAGUGAGAAUUAGUGGGUCAAGGUGGGGCUGUAAUUGAGCCGAGUAUUGUUGGGCUCGAGCUUAGUUUGAUAAGCAAGUUGCAGGUUCUCACUUGAUUAGGAAUUGUUUACUCCAGAUUGAUUUGAAAAAUUAUAAUUAAUACUUGUAGUCUAUAUAUUUAUAAAUUACUUCUCCUAUUCAAAGUUACUAUUAUGAAA